AUGGAAAGUGGCGCAGUUCUGCUGGAAUCCAAAUCCUCACCGUUCAACCUUCUGCAUGAAAUGCAUCAACUACGCCUUCUCGGUCACCUGUGUGAUGUGACUGUCAGUGUGGAGUACCAGGGCGUCCGCAAAGAGUUCAUGGCUCAUAAGGCGGUGCUGGCAGCCACCAGCAAGUUCUUUAAGGAGAUGUUCCUUAAUGAGAAGACUGUGGAUGGUACGAGGACUAACGUCUACCUAAAUGAAGUGCAAGUUGUUGACUUUGCCUCGUUUCUUGAGUUUGUGUACACUGCAAAGGUACAGGUAGAAGAAGAUCGGGUGCAGCGAAUGCUAGAAAUGGCUGAGAAACUAAAAUGUCUGGACUUAUCGGAAACUUGUUUUCAGUUGAAGAAACAGAUGUUAGAGUCUGUACUUCUGGAGUUGCAGAACUUCUCUGAGUCUCAGGAAGCAGAAGGGAGCAGUGGCUCCCAAGCUGCUGUUGCUCCCGACCCCAGGGCAAGUCCCCCUGGGGACAGUCCUCUCCCUAACGGCCUCGGGGAUUCCUCCGAUCCCCUAGUGGAGACAAUCAGCAAUGGUGUGUUGCCAGAUGUGCCCCCGAGGAAGUCCAAGGAGAAGCCAGACAAGAAAAAAGAUGCAGUCAAGCCUCCCUACCCGAAAAUCAGAAGGGCCAGUGGAAGGCUGGCUGGAAGAAAGGUGUUUGUGGAAAUCCCUAAAAAGAAAUACACGAGAAGACUGCGGGAGCAGCAGAAAAGCGCCGAGGACGACAUGGGGGUUGCCCGCAGCCCCCGGGACCCUGACCCGGAGGCCGUGGGAGCAGAGAUGGAGCCCGUCCCGAAGCGUGAGGAGUGCGGUGUGGGGGUGGAGGUGGCACAGGUGCUGCCGAAAGCAGGCAGCAGGGAGGACGCAGGCCGCGGGGAGGGGGAGGACGACGACGAUGAGGACGAGGAGGGCGAGAAGAGGAAGAGCAACUUCAAGUGCACUAUCUGUGAAAAAGCCUUUCUGUAUGAGAAGAGCUUCCUGAAGCACAUCCGGCACCACCACGGGGUGGCCACCGAGGUGGUUCAUCGCUGUGACACGUGCGGCCAGACCUUUGCCAACCGCUGCAACCUCAAGAGCCACCAGCGCCACGUGCAUAGCAGCGAGCGCCACUUCCCGUGCGAGCUGUGCGGCAAGAAGUUCAAGAGGAAGAAGGACGUCAAGCGGCACGUGGUGCAGGUGCACGAGGGCGGCGGCGAGCGGCACCAGUGCCAGCAGUGCGGCAAGGGCCUGAGCUCCAAGACGGCACUGCGGCUGCACGAGCGGACGCACACAGGCCACAAGCCCUAUGGCUGCACCGAGUGCGAGGCCAAGUUCUCGCAGCCCUCGGCGCUGAAGACCCACAUGAGAAUUCAUACAGGGGAAAAACCUUUUGUCUGUGAUGAAUGUGGUGCAAGAUUCACUCAGAACCACAUGCUGAUAUAUCAUAAAAGGUGUCACACAGGUGAAAGACCUUUUAUGUGUGAAACAUGUGGCAAGAGUUUUGCUUCUAAGGAGUAUUUAAAACAUCACAAUAGAAUCCAUACUGGAUCCAAACCCUUUAAAUGUGAAGUUUGUUUCAGGACUUUUGCCCAGCGGAAUUCGCUCUACCAGCACAUUAAAGUCCAUACAGGGGAACGUCCUUAUUGCUGUGACCAGUGUGGGAAGCAGUUCACCCAGCUCAACGCUCUCCAGCGUCACCAUCGCAUCCACACGGGGGAGAAGCCAUUCAUGUGUAACGCGUGCGGGCGGACAUUCACCGACAAGUCCACCCUCCGGCGGCAUACCUCGAUACAUGAUAAGAAUACUCCAUGGAAGUCUUUCCUUGUUAUUGUAGAUGGCUCACCCAAGAAUGAUGAUGCGCACAAGACUGAGCAGCCAGAUGAAGAAUAUACGCCAUCCAAACUUUCAGAUAAAUUGCUGUCUUUUGCAGAAAAUGGCCAUUUUCACAACCUCGCCACAGUCCAAGGCAGCGUACCCAUGGUGCAUGAGAACAGUUCUGCAGACACGGCCUGCAAGUCGGAUGAUUGUGUGGUGUCUCAGGACACGCUGCUGGCCACCACCAUCAGUGAGCUUAGCGAGCUGACUCCGCAGACAGACCCGAUGCCCGCACAGCUUCACUCGCUGACCGACAUGGAAUGAGAGCUUAGUUAGCUGCCAAGCCGAUCCUAUACUGCGUCUCCACGUGUGUGAUUGCUGUAUGCAGGUUAAUGUCAGGGGCUAAGACGAAGAACUGUCUAUGGGCAGAGUGGGCAAGAAUACCUUCUGCACAUUUUCCUGAAUCUCUGCUAACUUGCACGUCUUUAUCAAAGCAUUUUUAGAGCUUACCCUUAAAAAUCCCAGUCUGCAUGAUCUCAGCCACGCUUGAUCGACAAACAAGGCAGUUAACAUGACCUCACUGGAUCCUGGUGCAGGUUGUAUGUGUAACGCUUGUCCUGAUGUAUAGGAAGUUUGGACAACUAUGUAACUGUAGAAUACAGAGCCCUGGCCCAGCUCAUGAAGUUACUGUUAGUGAUCUCCCUGGUCUCUCAGCCUGCCUUACCCUUCUGUGUGGGUUUAGUUCUCUGAUAAUUUUAAGCUAUUUUUCUACCAAGCUGAAAUAAAACUGGGACCAUGUAUUUUCAGCUCUUUCCUGUUGAAUGGAAGCAAGUCCGUUUUGCUCUGGGGACCCUUGAGUUGGACUGAAGAAAUGGAUGGUUGCAUUCAUUCCUCUCCACCUCCUGUCUGUAGGCACUAAAAAAGGAACGACAAAUUGAACACUUGAAAAAUGGCUUCGUAUAAUCUGUACUCA